AUGGCUGAAGUUGUUAAUGGUCCUUGUGAAAGUAGCCCAAGGCGGUUCGCCCAUCUCACCAACAAUCCAGCCGCAAGACGAGCUGAGAUGAAAACAGGACUGCUGCAAAUUAUUUAUGCUAAUCCUUUUGCAGGUUUGGAUCAUGAAGAUCCAUACACUCACCUCACCCGAUUCUACGAAAUAGCUGGUACAUUAGGUGCACCAGAAGCUGAAGAAGAAGCCGUUUUCAUGAGAUUAUUCCCGCACUCUUUGAUCGGCAAAGCAAAGGAUUGGUACCUCGAUCAAUCAACGAAAACCAUGACCAAUUGGAAUGUGUUAGAGAGAAACUUCCUUAGCAGAUUCUUUUCUCAGAACCGAUUCAUGGAUGCAAAGACAGCUAUUGCCACAUUCACCCAAUUUUCAAAUGAAACUUUGUGUGAAGCCUGGGAACGCUAUAAAUCCAUGCUACGGAAGUGUCCAAACCACGGUUUUGAUGACAUGUCACAAAUUCACAUUUUCCGUAAUGGAUUAUUACCUCAACCGAAGCUUUUACUUGACGCAACAGCUGGAGGUUCCUUGAUAGCAAAAAGUGCAGCAGAAGCAAUUUCAAUCAUUGAUAGGAUGGCUCUCACAGAUCACCAAGUUCAACACAAUCGAGGUACCGUACAAAAGAAGCCUGGAGUUUUGGAAUUAGGUACAAAUGAUGCAAUCCUAGCACAAAACAAACUGCUCACUCAAACCGUAGAGGAAUUGACAAAACAGCUGUCCAAGCUUCCUCAACAACUCAAAGAUAUGCACGGUUCGUCGAGCACAUCGCAACAAGUAGCCUUUUAUGAACUUUGUACAGGUGACCAUCCAACCGGUUUCUGUCCCCCGAUCAACGAAGAGGUAAAAUACAUGGGAAAUCAACAACAAAGGCAAGUUUCGUACAAUCAAGGUUAUCCACACAACAACAACGCAAGCUAUGGCCAAAACCGACCAAAUCAGUACCAAAGUUACACGCAGCCAGAUAAGCUUUCAAAGAUCGAGGAUACCUUGAAUCAAUUCAUGCAAUUGUCCAUGGCAAACCAAAAGAACACCGAUGCGUCGAUUAGAAAUCUUGAAACGCAAGUUGGGCAAAUUGCGAAGCAACUAAGUGAGCAACAAAGAGGUACGUUUUCUGCCACUACUCAAGUUAAUCCCAAGGAAACUUGUAAUGCAAUCAUGACGAAAGGCGAUAACAUUGUUCAAGACAAAGUUGGGGAGAAUUCAAAAGGUAUCGUGGUAGAUAAAAAUCAAGAAAAAAGAAAACAUAGGGAGGAGGAAGAAAAUAAUGCGGAUCCUGGAAAAGUUACCUUACCGGUUACCAUUGGAAAUAUCUAUGUUGAUAACGCUUUAGUUGAUCUUGGAUCAAGCGUCAAUCUUCUUCCAUUAUCCACCAUGAGAAAGAUUUGA